AUGCAGUUUGCUCUAGCAAAUGUCGCUAUCCACUUGAUCAACUCCAUAACGACACAGUCUGCGACACUGACCGCCAUCUGUCAAGACGCGAUCAACCCCACACCACCGAAUUGCACGCUCCCCAGACUUCAAUUGACGACUCACGGUCGUUUACCUCCACCGACGGGGCGAGGGUGCUCGCCCGAAGCACAGCUGCAAGCCCAGUCCCUGAAAGACUCGAAUAGCGGGCUACAGAUUUGA